GCAGAGAGAAGGACGGAGGGGUGUGUCCUCUCCUUGUUUGGCGAAGAGAGCACUUGCCCAGGUUCCCAGAUGCUCAGAAGGAGGUUGACCCGCCCCUCUCACUCCCACGUGACGGAGAUCUCCAUCCCACCUCUAACACACUGCCCCCUCCCACCCAACCCUCUCGUUUCCUCCACCUCCUCGCCCUUUAAGCUCAGCAGCCCGACCCAGAAGGAGCCAGUUCUCGCGGAUCGCUCUCCCGGCGAGCAACAACACCCCCCCUCUCCCGAGCCGAUACUGCCUCCCCCCUCCUGCCCCCUCUCCGCCUCAGAGAGCCUCUCUGUCUGUCUCUUCCCCCCUCUACCAGGAGCUCUCCCCCCACAUCUCUGUCCCCACCCCCCCCCACCAUGGAGAACGGACACACGAAGACCACCGAGGAGUGCGUCGCUUAUUUCGGGGUCAAUGAGCUGACCGGUCUCAGCCCAGAGCAGGUCAAGAAGAAUUUCGACAAGUAUGGCCCCAACGGUAAGAGAGUGGUGGGUGGUGGUGGUUUGCAGAGUCGUCUCGGAUUCAGGAAGGGGGAAAGAAUUGCUUGGGGUUGGGGAGAGGGUAAACAGCCAGCAGGAGGCUCCGGGCCGGAUCGAAUAGAGGGCAGCAAAGGCAGUGCAGGAGGGUUUGGAGGUGUUGCAGCAGUGAUACCUGCUAACCUGUCUCUCUCUCUCUCUCUCUCUCUCUCUCCUUCUUCCCGCCAUGGACCGACAGAGCUGCCCGCCGAGGAAGGCAAAUCGCUUUGGCAGCUGGUGGCCGAGCAGUUCGAGGACCUUUUGGUCAGGAUUCUGCUCCUGGCAGCUUGUAUCUCCUUUGUCCUGGCGUGGUUUGAGGAGGGAGAGGAGACAAUCACGGCUUUCGUCGAACCCUUUGUGAUCCUGCUGAUUCUCAUUGCCAACGCAGUGGUCGGAGUUUGGCAGGAGAGGAAUGCAGAGGAUGCCAUUGAGGCUCUGAAGGAAUAUGAACCGGAGAUGGGGAAGGUCUAUCGGACAGACAAAAAGCUUGUCCAGAGGAUCAAGGCUCGGGAGAUCGUCCCUGGGGACAUUGUGGAGGUAGCAGUCGGGGACAAGGUUCCAGCUGAUAUCCGAAUCCUGAAGAUCAUCUCCACCACCUUGCGCGUUGACCAAUCCAUUCUGACCGGCGAGUCCGUGUCUGUGAUCAAGCACACAGAUCCCAUCCCGGACCCACGCGCUGUCAACCAGGAUAAGAAGAACAUGCUUUUCUCUGGCACAAACAUCGCGGCAGGCAAGGCAACGGGAGUGGUGGUGGCAACGGCUGUGAGCACGGAGAUCGGUAAGAUCCGGGACCAGAUGGCAGCGACGGAGCAGGAGAAGACGCCUCUGCAACAGAAACUGGAUGAGUUUGGCGAGCAGCUCUCCAAGGUCAUCUCGCUCAUCUGUGUGGCCGUCUGGCUCAUCAACAUUGGACACUUCAAUGACCCCGUCCACGGUGGAUCCUGGAUCCGCGGUGCCGUCUACUACUUCAAGAUCGCCGUGGCGCUGGCUGUGGCCGCCAUCCCUGAAGGUCUCCCAGCUGUGAUUACCACCUGCCUGGCCCUGGGCACACGGAGGAUGGCGAAGAAGAACGCGAUCGUGAGGAGCCUGCCCUCUGUCGAGACUCUGGGCUGCACCUCUGUCAUCUGUUCCGACAAGACUGGCACCCUGACCACCAACCAGAUGUCUGUCUGCAAGAUGUUCAUCAUUGACAAGGUGGAGCAGGACAUCUGCACUCUGAACGAGUUCUCUGUGACAGGUUCUACCUAUGCCCCUGAGGGUGAAGUGCUGAAGAACGAGAAGAGUGUGAGGAGUGGUCAGUACGACGGGCUGGUUGAGCUGGCAACCAUCUGCUCCCUGUGUAACGACUCGUCCCUGGAUUUUAACGAGGCCAAAGGGAUCUAUGAGAAGGUGGGUGAGGCGACAGAGACAGCGCUGGUGUGUCUGGUGGAGAAAAUGAACGUGUUCAACACUGAAGUUCGCAGCAUGUCCAAGGUGGAGAGAGCUAAUGCCUGCAACUCGGUUAUUAAGCAGCUCAUGAGGAAGGAGUUCACACUGGAAUUCUCUCGGGAUCGGAAGUCCAUGUCGGUGUACUGCAGCCCAGCCAAGGCCUCUCGUGCUGCUGUUGGGAACAAGAUGUUCAUCAAGGGUGCACCCGAGGGUGUGAUUGACAGGUGUAACUACGUGCGUGUCGGGACCACCCGCGUGCCACUCACCGCCAACAUCAAGGACAAGGUGAUGUCUGUGAUCAAGGAGUGGGGCACGGGCAGGGACACUCUGCGGUGUCUUGCCCUGGCAACCCGCGACACCCCUCCCAAGAGGGAGGAGAUGAACCUUGAGGACUCCACCAAGUUCAGUGACUAUGAGAGUGACCUGACUUUCGUGGGGGUGGUGGGCAUGCUGGACCCCCCACGCAAGGAGGUGAUUGGUUCCAUUCAGCUGUGCCGCGAGGCGGGCAUCAGAGUCAUCAUGAUCACGGGCGACAACAAGGGCACGGCCGUGGCCAUCUGCCGUCGCAUCGGCAUCUUCGGUGAGGAUGAAGAGGUGAUCGGCCGCGCCUUCACUGGACGCGAGUUUGACGACCUCCCGGCAGUAGAGCAGCGUGAGGCUUGCAGCAAAGCCAGCUGUUUCGCUCGUGUUGAGCCCGCACACAAGUCCAAGAUCGUGGAGUACUUGCAAUCGUUUGAUGAGAUCACCGCUAUGACGGGAGACGGUGUGAAUGACGCCCCGGCACUGAAGAAAGCCGAGAUUGGAAUUGCCAUGGGUUCAGGCACAGCCGUGGCCAAGAGCGCCUCGGAGAUGGUCCUGGCUGAUGACAACUUCUCCAGUAUCGUGUCGGCCGUGGAGGAGGGCAGAGCUAUCUACAACAACAUGAAACAGUUCAUUCGAUACCUCAUCUCCUCCAAUGUGGGCGAGGUCGUCUGUAUCUUCCUGACGGCAGCUCUGGGACUGCCCGAGGCGCUGAUCCCGGUGCAGCUGCUGUGGGUGAACCUGGUGACGGACGGACUGCCGGCCACCGCCCUCGGGUUCAACCCCCCCGACCUGGACAUCAUGAACCGGCACCCGCGUAGUCCCAAGGAGCCUCUGAUCAGCGGCUGGCUCUUCUUCCGCUACAUGGCCAUCGGAGGGUAUGUCGGCUGUGCCACCGUUGGAGCAGCUGCCUGGUGGUUCCUUUAUGCUGAAGAUGGACCACAGGUGACUUAUCACCAGCUGUCCCACUUCAUGCAGUGCACGGAGGAAAACCCGGAUUUCGAGGGGAUCGACUGCGAAGUGUUUGAGGCCUCAGAACCCAUGACAAUGGCCUUGUCGGUGUUAGUGACCAUCGAAAUGAGCAAUGCCUUGAACAGUCUGUCUGAGAAUCAGUCUCUGGUGCGAAUGCCUCCCUGGUUGAAUUGCUGGCUGCUGGGAGCCAUCUGUCUCUCCAUGUCUCUGCACUUCUUCAUUCUCUACGUCGACCCAAUGCCUCUGGUCUUCAAGUUGACUCACUUGAAUUUCACACAGUGGUGGGUGGUGUUGAAGAUUUCCUUCCCAGUUAUCCUUCUAGACGAGGUGUUGAAAUUCAUUGCCCGUAACUACCUGGAGGCUAAGUAAGACAGAGGAACUCGGGCGGAUGGAAGAUUAGUAUAUUGCCGUCUAAAACGGCUAAAGUAACGAUAAAGCAAGUAAUGCUCGCAAGAAUUAAAGAGACAGAGGUCUUUCCAUGGACCUUCGAGGAGCGUUUGGGGUUCAGCCUAUGGACGGGAGGGGCUUUUAGUCCAUUCCCAUUUUGCACACGCUCAAAAUUUCACCCCUUCCCCCUCCCACAACAAGAACUUACUUAUCGCCUGUGAAGACAAAAUAGACAGACCACUGCGACUUUCUCCUGAUUCUGUCUGUUGGGAAGAUGGGGCACUGGAGAGAGUGGAGAAAACCUUGCUUUCUCUCUCCUCCCACCUCCCAAAGCUUGACAUCUCCCCUCCCCGUCCCAUCUCCUCUCGAUUCCCGACAUAUGUCCUGUUCGUCCCCAUUCUCUGCAUCCACCUCCUUCCCCUGUGUUCCAGCAAAAAGUGUGGUUCGUCCUCCUGUGUGUCGGGAGCCUGGUUUCACAGGAGAGGGCGGGUAGGGGAGAGUCAGUGAGGCAAGGUGGGCAAAAGCAGAGGGGGGUGUGGAAGAGUGAGGGAGGGAAGUGUCAGUGUCCUUUGAAGUGGGCAGGCUGCAGUCCGCCUAACUUCAAAGUGCUCUCCCACCCCACCCUCCAACACACCCCACUGACAGCAAGGAAAUUUCCUUUGUACCUGCCUUUCAAUGUUCCUAUUCCCCCUUCCCUCAUGCAAUAUCCCUCGCCCAACAAUCAGGGUAAGAGCAAACUCCAAUUUCCCCCUAUUUACACCCUCUCUCUCCCUGCCACUCUCUCCCCCUUUCUCUUCACUCUCCCCAACCUCAGCCUCCCUUUACCCGCUUUCUUCCCCCUCUCUCCCCUUUCUUUCCUCCUCACCUUCUCUCCUCGUCCCUUUCUCUGCACCUUCUUUCUCUCCCCCAUCAUUCUCUCCAUGUCCCUUCCCUUCCCUCUCUCCCCCAACUCUUUCUCAUCCUCGCCCCCCCCCCAAGUACCAUGUCACAGGAUCAGUGUUGGGCCACGAGGCCCAUCAUGUAUGUUACACCAUUCAAUCAUGGCCGGUAUUUAUUUUGAACUCCAUUCCUUUGUCUUCUCACCAUUACCCUGAGCCAUCUCUCCCCUCCACUACUCUCUCUCCUUUCUUCCUGUCCACCUACUUCCACUCCUCCUCCCUCUGCUGUAACUCCAGACUGUGUACCCUGUUCUAUAAUGAGAAUAAAGUACAGCUCGUGGCUUGUUUCUCUGUCUCUGCAUAUUUCUUUCUCUCUCUCUCGAUCACCGUCUCCCUCACCCUUUCUCUCUCUCCCUCCCCACUCUUUCUUCUCUCUCUCUCCCGUGUGCUGCUUCCUACCAGUUUUUGUCAAGAUCGAUCUCCAUCACUGCAGAUAUGGAAUGGAGGAUGGUAGGUCUCUCUCAUUCCAAAGAAAUUAAAGUGGAGUUUAUUGUCAGCUGCACAGAUGUAUUGAGAAACAUCUUUGCAACAUCACAGACACACAGCAUCAGGUACACGACAUCCGCAGGAAGACAGCAAUGUAGUGUAAAUUGUGUCCAGUUUUUACAGGAAAGAACACAAAAAGGUAAAAGGCCAUUGUAUCACAAAGUGGUCUCGGUGUUUCUGUACUGAGACGGUGGUUCGGAUUGUGCUGGAUAGUUCAAGAACUGAAUGGUUGAAGGGAAGUCGUUGUUCUUGAACCUGGUGGUGAGGAACUUCAGGCUUCUGUACCUCCUGCCCGAUGGGAGCUGUGGGAAGAUGGCAUGGCCCCAAUGGUGGGGAUUUUGAUGGUGAACGUUGCCUUCUUGAGGCAGCCCCUCCGGGUACUAAUGAUAGUUGGAAGAGAUACAUCCAUGAUGUAUUGGGCAGAAUUUGCUACUGUCUGUUACUUCUUGCAUUCCUACACAUUCACAUUGCCGUCCCAGAACAUGAAGCCACCAGUCAGGACACUUCUAGAAUCAAAUCAGUUUUAAUAUCAUAUAACCAUAUAACAAUCACAGCACGGAAACAGGCUAUCUCGGCCCUCCUAGUCCGUGCUGAACUCUUAAUCUCACCUAGUCCCACCUACCCGCACUCAGCCCAUAACCCUCCACUCCUUUCCUGUCCAUAUACCUAUCCAAUUUUACCUUAAAUGACACAACUGAACUGGCCUCUACUACUUCUACAGGAAGCUCAUUCCACACAGCUAUCACUCUCUGAGUAAAGAAAUACCCCCUCGUGUUUCCCUUAAACUUCUGCCCCCUAACUC